AUGUCCACACCGGGAGAACGGAAGUUCUCCCAGAAACUCAUGGGACUAGAGGCUUGCAACCUGCCCAUGGGAGUCAAGUACGACGUCAUCGGACUGACCGAGACGAGACGACGUCACCCUCUCAACGCCGUAUAUGAAACUGGAGAAGAACUGUUCUUAGGAACAUGCGACAGUAGAGGUGUUGGUGGAGUUGGCGUCCUCGUCAACACGAGUAUGGCAAAGAACAUCGACUCUUUUGAACAACUUACGACCCGAAUCGGACGUCUGCGGAUGAGAAGAUGUGGCCCAAUACCAGCUUUGACUAUCUUCGUCGUUUACGCUCCAACAUCAAGCUACGAAGAAGAAGAAGUCGAAGCUUUCUAUAUGGACCUGGAGAAGUUCUACCAAGAAGAUCAUGCCUUCUACAAGGUCAUAGUUGGCGAUUUCAACGCUAAGGUUGGCCCAAGAAGAACGCUGGAGGAACUUCACAUCGGGACCCACGGCCUACAAUGGAAUGACCAGGGAGAGAGGCUCUCCGAGUUCAUCAUGACGACUAAGACCAUCCAUGGGAACUCGCAAUUUCAGAAGCCUUCUUCUUUACGCUGGACGUGGGAGUCACCCGGUGGAGGGUACCGUAAUGAAAUAGACCACAUCAUCGUCAAUAAAAGGUUCUGCCUGACGGACGUCGGUGUUGUACCAAAGUUCUAUACGGGAUCGGACCAUCGCCUCCUCCGAGGAAGAUUUUCUUUCACAAGGAGAGCAGAGAAAGCCGCCAAGUUCAGAGAGAGAAAUCCCAGGACUACCAUCAACUGGGAUCUCUUCGCUACGCUAGUCGGCUUUUGGGAAGAUUCUGCAAUGGACAACAUCGACGAGGAAUAUGACCGGCUUGUCGAACACCUUCACGACUGCGCGAAGAAGGCUGGGAGUUUUAAAACCACCAAGAGGCGUCUGUCUCUUAAAACUCUUGAGCUGAUACGCCAGCGUGGAGCAGCACGAGCCGCAGGGAACCAAGAACUCACGUCCGAGCUCGCAAGGCUUUGCCGAGAGGCGAUAAAGGAAGACCUUAAAGAGAGAAGAGCAGAAGUGCUGGCUGAAGCUGUAGAGGCGAGGAAAAGCAUCCGAUAUGCCCGUCGAGACUUCGCCAGUCGCAAGACGAGGAUGACUGCUCUCCGGAACCCAAAGGGAACAGCCAUUGCAUCGAGAAGGGGGAUGGAGAAAAUCAUCUACGACUUCUACUCUGAUCUCUUCGACAGCCAUGUCCACUUGCCUCCUCACCAUCUGAGGGAAGAUGGACAAGUCAUUCCAGAGGUUCUCCCGUCCGAAAUACGACAUGCUAUCAUGUCGGUAAGAAAUCGUACGGCACCCGGUCCCGACAGAAUAAGACCAGAACACCUGAAGAGCCUUCCGCCAGUACUCAUCAACACCCUGGCGAGGCUCUUUACACGCUAUCUGUCGGAAUGCAAGGUUCCUAAACAGUGGAAGACCAGCAAGACCGUGUUGUUGUAUAAAAAGGGAGAUCCAUAUGACAUCGGCAACUAUCGCCCAAUCUGCCUACUGUCCGUCAUCUACAAGCUCUUUACAAGAGUAAUCCUUAAUAGGAUUGAAAAAGUCUUGGAUGAAGGACAGCCAUGCGAGCAAGCAGGGUUUCGAAAAGGAUUCAGCACGAUUGACCACAUUCACACUGUUUCGAAACUCAUCGAGGUAUCACGAGAGUACAAGAUGCCGCUCUGUCUCACCUUCAUCGACUUAAAGAAGGUUUUCGACUCGGUUGAGACGGAAGCGGUCGUGGAAGCCUUGGACAACCAAGGCGUCCCUACUCAAUAUAUAAAGGUACUUCGAGAGUUGUACACCACCCUCGAGAACGCAAUGCGAAAGUUGGAAUGGGACGACAUGGGAGUGAAGGUUGAUGGUCGGCAGCUACACCAUUUGCGCUUUGCUGAUGACAUCGUACUGGUAACACCUAGCAUCAGCCAAGCGGAACGAAUGCUGACCGAAUUCGACGAAACAUGUGGAUGCAUCGGUCUUCAGCUGAAUCUACAAAAGACGAUGUUCAUGCGGAACGGAUGGGUCUCGGAUGCCCCAUUCACGCUCAACGGAACGAACAUAUCCGAAUGCACCAGCUACGUUUAUCUGGGUCGGGAACUGAACAUGAUGAACGACCUGACCCCCGAGCUGGGCAGGAGGAGACGAGCGGCUUGGGGAGCGUACAAGAGCAUCGAGGAUGUAGUGAAGAAGACCAGGAACACCCGGCUCCGUGCUCACCUCUUCAACACCACCGUACUUCCUGCUUUGACCUAUGCUUCGGAAACCUGGGCAUUUCGCAAGCAGGAAGAAAACGCGGUGAGCGUCAUUGAACGCGCAAUUGAGAGAGUGAUGCUAGGAGUAUCCCGUUUCACGCAAGUGAGGGACGGGAUUCGAAGUUCUCUCCUACGUCAGCGAUCGAAGAUUAGAGACGCCGCCGCGUUUGCCAAGGAAAGUAAAAUAAGGUGGGCCGGACACGUGAUGCGCUUUAAUGACAACCGUUGGACCAGAGCCGUGAGCGACUGGGUUCCCCGCGAUAUUAAGCGCACUACAGGAAGACCGCCGACCCGAUGGUCAGAUUUCUUCACGAAGUCCUUGAAAGAAAAAUAUGAUGCUCUUCGUGUCCCACGCGAAAGGAGGAACCACUGGGCUACUCUGGCACGCGAUCGGGACAAAUGGAAGAAUUACUGUCGCCCGCUCGACCAGUUCGAAGAUCAACGGGAGUCAAGGUGA